AUGCUCAGAGCCUGUUGGUCAAGUGACCAUUUACAGAGUUUUUUCCGGAAUUUUGAUGUUAUUGUAGUGGAUAGGUCAGCAUGCGGCGAAUCGACGGAAUCGAAAUAUAAUAAGAUGAAGAAGCUGGUUACUUUCCGUACAAUUGUAAUAUGGGGCUUCUUUUUCUUUACCGCCGCUUCGAUUAUUUUACAGUCAGUAACUGAGUACAACAAAUACUUCGUAGCUGGUAUCACAAACCCCUUUCCUCAUGGCUAUAUUCCAGUAACCAUAUUCUUUGUCAGUUUGCAAGUAUGGGAAAUUGGCGCAUGGUUAUUCCCAAUAUUGUACCAGGUGACUCUUUUCAAAUUUUUGUGCAGCGGUUUUACGUCAUUAAAUAAUGAUAUAUCUAAAAUGAUUGAAGACAAUUCAAAGAAAAUAAAGGAUAUCAGAGGAAAACACCUUCAGCUGUGUAAAACCGUAGCCAUUCUAGAAGAGGAUUCCAAGUAUUUGCUUACAGGCACCUACGUUACCAACAUAUUCCUGUUAUGUUUCAUUGUCUAUCAGAUGUUGACAUCAGGUACAUUGCCAGUGAUAGAGUACCUGACCUACUCAUCUUGGUUGGCGAUGAACGCGUUGAUCACAAUAAUAGUUUCCCUUACAGCGGCUGAGGUCAAUGAAAAGGCACAUUCUCCUUUGGAUUACAUAUAUGACGUGGAUAUGAGUGAAACCUGUGCGUUUCAGUCUGUAGAGUUACAAAUGUUCCUGUUUAAACUCAAUGGACCUGCAGUGGGAUUCACGACAAUGGGGUUUGUCACCAUUACUAAAGAGCUCAUUCUUACGCUCGGAGGGAUAAUACUGACCUACUUUUUGCUUUUAAUUCAGUUCAAACUGUAA